AUGCUCGCCUCUAGACUUGCCCGCCGACAUAUUAGCACGGUCGGCAGGGCUGCCCCAACCGUCGCAGUCCUCUACCAAGCAAUCGACCCGCCCAUCAUCAACGGCGUGCAGAAACCACGGAAGCCCGGUGGCUACCAAGACUCCGGCGCAGACAUCGCCUACACCCUCCAGAAAAAGGGCAUCAGCGUUCUCAAAUCGGAUCCAUCCGCCCUCAUCUCAUCACACGAGGGGUGGUCGUUCCCCGAUACAGAAGAGGGCAUCUACGACGCCGUCCAGCGCGGCGCGACGCAUUUUUGGGCGAAUACGAUUCUCUUCUCGAGCCAUCCGCUACAGACGUCAACGAAGCUGACGCCGCUGUCUGACGAUCUAUAUGUCGUCGGCCAGCCGCCGGGUCUCGUUGAGAACUUUGACGACAAGGCGUAUCUGAAUGGGAAAUUGAGGGAGUUGGGGAGCGUCACGUUGCCAAAGUCGUGGAUUGUGGAUUCGACGAAUAUUGCAGAGGUACUGCAGGAGAUAGAUCGAUACCCCAUCGUCGGCAAACCCGUGCGCGGCCGCGGAAGCCACGGGGUGAAGGUAUGCCAUGACCGCGCGCAGCUAGAGAAGCACAUCCAAACCCUCCUCGGCGAAUCGCCCCUCAUCAUGCUGGAAGAAUUCCUUGCGGGCGAAGAAGCUACAAUCACAGUGAUGCCACCGACAUCCGAUCGUCCAACCCACUGGAGUCUGAUCCCCGUGACCCGGUUCAAUCACGCCGACGGCAUCGCGCCGUAUAACGGCGUUGUGGCAGUCACUGCAAACUCGAGGGUCGUUACGGAGCAUGAAAUGCAGGAUUCCGCGUAUGGGAAGGCGAUGAAGCAGUGCGAGGAGGUUGCGCGGCUUAUUGGGGCGACGGCGCCGAUUCGGGUUGAUGUCCGCAGGUUCGAGGAGGGAUCCAAGUUUGCGCUUUUUGAUAUCAAUAUGAAGCCGAAUAUGACUGGGCCUGGUCGGCCUGGAAGAGAAGAUCAGGCGAGCUUGACGGCCAUUGCGGCAGCGGCUAUGGGUUGGGACUAUGGGACGUUGCUGGAGACGAUUUUGAAUGGUGCACGGCCGUUGAGCGUGUUUAGGAAGUAUCAGAGUCCAUUUUAG